CACAUGACGAGUCACGAGCACCCGGAAUCCCGACGCAAUCCGGCAUUAUGGAUAACGCCGGCACCCGACAUGUCAACAUCAAUGGAACUUCGAUUUUCGGAUUCUUCGUACUAAGACAACACUGCGACCCGAGAGGACGACUAGCAUUUGCUUCUUGCAGGAUUAUGGCAAUGACCCGAGGCGUUCAGUCCAAUAUCCUACCUACGAAUGUGCGGUAGCACCUUCGUCAAGAUGUCGCCUCGAUGCUUUCACGCUGCGUGAAGAGGCGUCAUUUCUAGUCAAACAGACGGCUUACGACUUAGUUGAGCUUUCUAGCUCCGCCAUCAGAGAUCGAUAAAAAUACGCAAACAUCAAUAUCUCGAUACAUCAUGGACCUGUUCCAGUACGAACCCUUCCAGUACGAACCCCUAGACCUUACGGGGAAAUCCUUCCGGCUACUCAUGCUUCAUCCUGGAUCCACCAGCGAGGUAUCCUGCGAUAUCUUUGAAGCAAGCCUGGACUCUGACAGCAUUGUCCCCUACGAGGCCUUAUCAUAUGCCUGGGGCAGCAUUGAUCUCUCGGCCUCCAUCAUCACCAACGGCAAGACCCUCUGUAUCACGUAUAACUUAUUUACUGCUUUGACUUAUCUCCGAGACGAACAUGUAAGCAAAGUCAUGUGGAUCGACGCUGUCUGCAUCGAUCAAAGCAACGUCGCUGAGCGAGGUCACCAAGUCGAACAGAUGGCAGGCAUCUACCGAGGCGCUGAACAGGUCAUCAUUUGGCUUGGCCCCCCCACACAUGAGACGAACCUCUUGCUCGGAUGCCUCAAAGAACUACAGAAAGGCUGGACCCGUCAGAAAAGCCGAGACGACCUUGUCCAGGCACAAGAGCAAUGGUCGAAGAUGCGACAGAACUCGGAACUUGACCAGGCUGUUCUCUUGGAUCUGCAACGGAAGGGACUUGUUUCCCUCCUCGGGGAGGCCUGGUUCACGAGGAUAUGGGUUCUGCAGGAAGUAUCACACGCACGGGCAGCUUCGAUAUUGUGUGGAAGACGGUCCGUUCAGGCCUACAUGCUCAACAUCGCCGCCAAGCUCGUCGGCGUCGUCCCGGAUGUCGGCUGCCAAGCUGUUCUGGACUUGCUUCCGGAUUCAUUCACUCAGAGGUCCCCAAGGAAGAAUGUUCUACUGGCCUUAUUACAAAAGUUUCAAAACAGCAAGGCGAGCGACCCUCGGGAUAUGGUAUACGCCCUACUCGCAAUAGCCUCCGACGUAUCGCAAAGCGACUUGGGAUCACUGCUAUCGCCGGACUACUUCAAAACUGAAGAGCAGCUGGUGCAGGACCUCAAGACAUACCUGUUUCUCGAUUUGCGAUAUUGCAGAGAUAUUCCCGAGCGAACCAUGGUAUUGUUUCUCGAAGUGCUGCCUCAACGAACAGAGGCGAUCCUCCAGAACGUUGUGGUGGCAGGGGUCACAAGCCACAUUCGCACGCUUCUUGAGAGGGGCCAAAGGUUCACUGUCAAUAAGGCCGUGGUUAGUGAAAUACGGACUCAAGAAAAAUCGGGAACUACAAAGUUCCUCUGCGAUCUAGCUCAACUUGAGCACCAAAACCUUCAAUUCGUCUUAGAAGGCGUAGAGUCGGCGUUUCGGUUUUGCGACAUUGCAACAGCGCAAGGUCUUUUGCACCAAUUUGGAAUAGGCGUACAGAUCAAUCAUCAUCUUGCCGAAGCCUUGGUACACCGAAGAGACGGCAGGAAUCAAAUCCUCAUGAUGCUGAUGAAAUGGGACAAUCCUCCUAUUCCAUUAACUCAAGAAGGGUUAUCCAUGUUGGUAGCGGCGCUUGAUCCGCCCUUGUUGGAACAGCUUCUCCAUACUUACCAGCCCCAAGUAUAUCAACUAACUCACGAACUUCUGAGAUCAGCUGCCCGCAAUCGGAAAAGGGGUACGAUCAUCCCGAUACUCCUUAAUUUGGUCGGCGAUCGCAUGGAAUUUGAAAUGAGUGGGUUGCUAUGGUUGCUGCGAUUCUUGGACAUAAAUGAAUUACUGCCGCUGCUCAAGUCAGGAUUCCAAAGAGUCAGCGUUGUUGCUUUGGGGCCCCCCCCUGAUGCGCAUGUCCGCUGGUCCGCGGUCUUUUUAUGCCACUGGAGCCCACGCGACAUCUAUAAAGAGAUCGAACGCAUAAGAAGAAUCACAGCUGAUGGUCUGCGCUUGAAUACUGCGGCGAUCGAGGUGGAGGCGACACUCAACAGCGGGUUGGAUGUAAGUGCAACCCUUAUCUGGAACAGUUUGCACCCAGAUAAGCCGAAACGUUUAAGAGCUCGAUAAACCAUCAAAUGACGACUGUUAUCAAGAAAGGAAAGUACAAAUGUCACCAAAUUCAAGUGAAAUAUCUAAAUAUAAGUCAUCGUCGAAAAGCAAAUGAUCUAGAAACUCGUUUCAAAACCACCGGCAGUUGAUCCGAAAAUUGAGAUCUAUAAUGGAAGGAUAUUCUCGGGCCACGGCGCAUGUCGCGCCGGUAACCGAAAUGAGGACCACCUGAUCCAAAACUAUUGCCCUUCUUGACAUUACUCAUAACAACCAACUUUGCCGGCU